CCCUGCUGCUGGAGGGCUGCGCGGCCCGGCGCGGAGCGGAGCGGGGCUGAGGCGCACAGCGGAGAUGAGCGCCGUUCUCGCCGUGAAGCAGUACGUGUCGAAAAUGAUCGAGGACAGCGGGCCGGGCAUGAAGGUGCUCCUGAUGGACCGGGAGACGCCCGGCGCGGUCAGCAUGGUGUACACGCAGUCCGAGAUCCUGCAGAAGGAGGUUUACCUCUUCGAGCGCAUCGACUCCCCCGGCAGGGAGCCCAUGAAGCACCUGAAGGCCGUCUGCUUCCUGCGGCCCACCAAGGAGAACGUGCACUGCCUCAUUCAGGAGCUGCGGAGGCCGAAGUACAGCAUCUAUUGUAUCUAUUUCAGUAAUGUGAUCAGUAAGAGUGAUAUCAAGGCAUUAGCUGAGGCUGAUGAACAGGAAGUUGUGGCAGAAAUUCAGGAGUUCUAUGGAGAUUACAUUGCAGUGAAUCCACACGUUUUUUCUCUCAACCUCUUGGGCUGCUGCCAGGGUCGCAACUGGGAUCCAGCCCAGCUGUCCAGGACAACUCAAGGGCUGACUGCUCUGCUUCUGUCCCUGAAGAAAUGCCCCAUGAUUCGAUACCAACUCUCUUCUGAGCCAGCAAAGAGGCUUGCUGAAUGUGUGAAGCAAGUAAUCACUAAAGAGUAUGAGCUGUUUGACUUCCGUCGCACUGAGGUUCCUCCUUUGCUCCUUAUUCUGGACCGCUCAGACGAUGCCAUCACCCCCCUGCUGAACCAGUGGACGUACCAGGCUAUGGUUCAUGAAUUGCUGGGCAUCAACAACAACCGCGUUGACCUCUCGCGUGUGCCGGGCAUCAGUAAGGAUCUCCGAGAGGUGGUCCUGUCUGCUGAGAACGACGAGUUCUAGGCCAACAACAUGUACCUGAACUUUGCAGAGAUUGGCAGCAACAUCAAGAAUCUUAUGGAGGAUUUCCAGAAGAGGAAACCUAAGGAGCAGCAGAAGCUGGAAUCCAUAGCAGAUAUGAAGGCAUUCGUGGAGAACUACCCUCAGUUCAAGAAGAUGUCAGGCACGGUGUCAAAGCACGUGACGGUGGUAGGAGAGCUCUCGCGACUGGUUGGUGAGCGCAACCUGCUGGAGGUGUCUGAGGUGGAGCAGGAGCUGGCCUGUCACAGCGACCAUUCCAGCGCCCUCCAGAAUGUGCGGCGCCUCCUGCAGAACCCCAAGGUGACUGAGCUCGAUGCUGCCCGGCUGGUGAUGCUCUAUGCCCUGCACUACGAGCGGCACAGCAGCAACAGCCUGCCAGGGCUGAUGGCAGAUCUCAAGAAUAGGGGUGUUUCUGAGAGAUACCGAAAGCUGGUCUCUGCUGUUGCGGAAUAUGGAGGGAAACGGGUCCGGGGCAGCGACCUGUUCAGUCCCAAGGAUGCUGUAGCCAUCACAAAACAGUUCCUCAAAGGACUGAAGGGUGUUGAGAAUGUGUACGCACAACACCAGCCUCUCCUUCAAGAAACACUGGAUCAGCUCAUCAAAGGAAAACUGAAGGACAGCCAGUACCCCUACUUGGGUCCCAACACGCUCCGUGACAGGUAUGUGGGGUCUUGCUGGGCAGCACCUGGAGUUGAAAAAUGUCUGCUCCUCCCUGUGCUCCCACUUCCUUUAUUCUUUGCCCAUAGGUGAAAAAAAUUCAGGCUUGCCAAAUAAAUGUUCUGAUCGAGUAGGUA